UAAGAAAGAAAAAGGGAGUGUGUUGAGAAUCAAUCGCUUCCGUCAUUCUCUUUGAUCCAACGGCUUAGAUCACUCCAGAACCCGUUCUUGGUCUCACCCUGCACUCGUCUUCACUUCCAUCUAUCACUCAACUUACUCUGAAAAUGGCAAAAGCCUCCAGCAUCUGUAACCCAUUGCCUUCUCUCCGUCGCCGAUUUUCGUAAAUACUAAUGUAUAUUUACAGAAACCAACGCCUUCGAAACAUAACCCAAAAUCAUUUCUUUUAGUUUCUUCUGACAUUUUCAUCCGAUUUCGGUUAAUGGGUUCUUUGGUUUUUGAUCAAAAGAAAAUAUUUUUGAGCAUUUUAGGCGAAAUCCAUUUUGAUUUCCAAUCAGCUUUGAGCUGAUUCCGACUUGAAUCUUCGAGUGCCUUUUUGACACGCGUAAUGAUCAUAGACAGAUACCCUCCUGCAAAGAUGAUGUCGAUGCUUAACAACCCCGAUUUUGCUGAGGACUUGGGGAGGCUUGUUCGAGAUCAAAAGCGACAAGAAACACCGACUGAUGUUAUAUCUACUGAUCUAGAGAAGGAGCUCAACAUUUUCCGAAGUGGGUCUGCACCACCUACUGUGGAAGGCUCGCUGAGCUCCAUUGGUGGGUUGUUUAAUAGCUCAGGGAUGUCAAACAUCGUUGAGGGUGGCGCAAAAGAUGGGUUCUUGAGCGAGGAAGAGCUCAGGGUUGAUCCUUCAUAUGUCAAUUACUACUAUUCCAAACUUGCCAGUGGAAAUCUGAACCCGAGGUUGCCUCCUCCGUUGGUGUCCAGGGAAGAUUGGAGGUUUGCGCAGAAGUUGCAGGGUGGUAAUGGGAAUAGGUCGCUUUUUGCAGUGCAGCCAGGGUUUGGAGGAGAUGAGCAAGAUAAUGCCGGUGGUGGUGGUGAUGGUAGCGGAGCGGAUUGGGAAGGAGAUGGGCUGAUAGGGUUGUCUGGGUUGGGGGAGUUAGGGAGUAGCCAGAAGAGCCUUGUAGAGAUAAUUCAGGAUAAUAUGAAUCAAGCAACCACAGCUCCAAGGCAUCCUUCUCGUCCAGCUAGUCGCAAUUUAUUUGAUGAAGGCAUUGAAACUUCUGAAGCACAAUAUGCUAAUCUGCUUUGUGAUUUAACACCAGCAGAUGGUUUAGUCUCUGGUGCAAAUAAACAUGGAAUUUCUUCAAACCAAAACUUUGGCUCCUUAUCAACUCAAACUUAUGCUUCUGCUUUGGGUGCCUCCUUGUCAAGAAGCACCACACCCGAACCUCAGCUCACAGCUAGAAAUACUACUCCUCGCAUUCCAACUGUUGGAAAUGGGCGGUCUAGUUCCAUGGACAUAAGAAGUGUUGAUACUCCUGGCACAUUCAAUGACAUUGGCUCCAACACUUUCAAUGGUGUCUCAGCAAACUUGAGUGAGUCUGAAGAGCUUGUAGCUGCUUUGUCUGGCAUGAAUCUGUCAACUGAUGGUUCAAUGGAUGGAGAAAACUAUUUACGCUCACAGACUAAACAUGUUGAUAUUCGCAAAUCUGCCAACUCGUAUGUAACAGGACCUUCUAUGCCCACCCUUAAUGGUGCUGGAAGCCCACAUCUUCAGACUGCCAAUAAGAGGAAUCACCCAUUUCCAAACUAUGGCUGUUCUGGGUUUGCUACAAAUCCCUCAUCAGCACCUGUGAUGGAUGGUCAUCUUGGGAGCAGUAACUUGCCACCUCUGUUUGAAAAUGCUGUUGCAGCAUCUGCAAUGGGAGGAGCCAUGGCUGGAGGUUUGACUUUGGGCCCAAAUUUGAUGGCAGCAGGACCGCAAAAUUUUGUUAGAUUAGGUAAUCAAAAUGCAGGGAAUUCUCUUCAGGCACCUCUCCUGGAUCCAUUGUCUCUUCAGUACGUGAGGGCAAAUGAAAUUGUGGCUGCACAGGUUGCAGCUCUCAAUAAUGACGUUACAGUUGAUAGAGAUUACAUCAGUAAUUCGUAUGUCGAUUUAUGGGGACUCCAAAAAGCUUAUUUGGAAGCAUUGCUUUCAUCUCAAAAAUCACAGUUUGCUGUUCCCUACCUCAGUAAAUCUGGUAGCUUGAAUCAUAAUUACUAUGGAAGUCCUGCAUAUGGUCUUGGCAUGGCAUAUCCUGGAGGUCCAAUGGUAGGUUCCCUUUUUCCAAACUCACUUGUUGGAUCUGGGAGUCCUGUCCUGCAUGGUGAGCGGAAUAUGCUUUUUUCUUCUGGGCUGAGGAAUCUGUCUGGUGGAGCCAUGGGCGCUUGGCACUCAGAAACUGGUAGUAACUUGGAUGGAAGUUUUGCAUCCUCUUUGCUAGAUGAGUUUAAAAGCAACAAAACUAAAUGCUUUGAACUUUCAGAAAUUGUGGGACAUGUUGUUGAGUUCAGUUCUGAUCAAUAUGGAAGCCGGUUUAUUCAGCAGAAACUUGAGACGGCCACAAUGGAAGAGAAAGAUAUAGUCUUCCAUGAAGUCCUGCCCCAAGCGCUUUCGUUAAUGACUGAUGUCUUUGGUAAUUAUGUGAUUCAAAAGUUUUUUGAACAUGGAUCUUCAUCCCAAAUAAGAGAACUGGCUGAUCAAUUGAUUGGGCAUGUGCUAGCGCUAAGCCUUCAAAUGUAUGGCUGUCGAGUGAUACAGAAGGCUAUUGAAGUUGUCAAGCUGGACCAACAGAUUUUGAUGGUCAAGGAACUUGAUGGUCAUGUUAUGCGCUGUGUGCAUGAUCAGAAUGGGAAUCAUGUUAUCCAGAAGUGUAUAGAAUGUGUACCCGAAGAGGCUAUUCAGUUAAUUGUUUCAACAUUUUAUGACCAAGUUGUGACACUAGCCACUCAUCCAUACGGUUGUCGAGUCAUACAGAGAGUUCUGGAGCAUUGUCAUGAUGCAAAAACCCAGCAGAUAAUGAUGGAUGAGAUUAUGCAGUCUGUUUGUAUGUUGGCACAGGAUCAAUAUGGGAAUUAUGUUGUACAGCAUGUUCUGGAGCAUGGGGAACCACAUGAACGCUCGGCUAUAAUCACAAUGUUGACUGGGCAGAUAGUUCAAAUGAGUCAACAGAAGUUUGCUUCUAAUGUUAUAGAGAAGUGCUUAACUUUUGGGACUCCUGCAGAGCGCCAAAUGCUGGUCAAUGAGAUGCUUGGUUCAACUGAUGAAAAUGACCCUCUUCAGGUGAUGAUGAAAGAUCAGUUUGCAAACUACGUCGUACAGAAACUGCUGGAAACCUGUGAUGACCAGCAACUUGAACUAAUCCUCAACCGUAUAAAGGUUCAUUUGAAUGCUCUAAAGAAGUAUACUUAUGGGAAGCAUAUAGUUGCACGUGUAGAGAAACUUGUAGCUGCUGGAGAAAGGAGGAUCAGCAUUCUAACUCCGCACCCAGCACAGAUGGCAUAAGAAAGGAAGUUGUACGGCAAACCGAGGAUGGUAUGAGUUGCCUCCCUCUUUCUCCUUUACUCUAGGUCUAGUAACAGCACUACUAUUUAUUUUGAUAGAUGGGAGCUGCUUGAAAAUAAAAACCUGUUAUCUAUAUAGACUGUACUUAAAGCUGUACAUUGUUAGUUUGAGGAUAUACACCUAGAAACAAUCAGGCUUAGCUGAGGCGCAGAACGGCGAACAUGCUGAUGCCCUUGCAGAGGGUACAGAGUGGCUGUACAAGUUUUAAAGUUGUAACAAGCUCGGUAGUUAAUCUGUGUUCGUGACUGUAAAAAUUUUAUCCGAAGUUGAGAGCCUUUGUUGUUUAGGAGAGUCUGGAAUUUUCCUCCUGGAUGAAACUUGCUCCUUUUUCUUAAUUUACUGGACUUCUCGCUCAUCCUUGUUGAGUCCAUAGAGAUUCCAUG